UCCUGAAGCCUUAAACACCCCACUCUCUAUUCGCCAAUCAGAAAGUAUUUUGCUACUGCAGCGCCAAGUUUGAAAUCAACACCUGCAUUACACAAGAGGAAGAGGCAGCGUCCGAAUUCGCUGCUGUUUCCGGACACCAGUGUUGUUUCCGUUGGUGUGUUGUUGCUUGCGAGUACGGCACCUUUGAUAGUAAUCUACGUGGGUUGGACCUGAUUUCACUAAAACUGACCGCUCCCAUUCGCAGAAGGCAGAGUUUAUGUAUUUUUGCCGAGACGAUGAAGGUGUGACGAGUUGUUAAUUGGCGUGAAUAGCGCAAACAAAUCGUGCUGUGGUUGCACAAUUUUUGCAUGACUGCUGAGAGGCGAUAAUCAACAUGCGCUGACAACCUGAUGAGGAAAUUUUGGAAGGUGUAUUAGAUCUGAUUUUAGAAUCUCAUUUUUUUGCAACUGCAAGAUCUUGGAAAGGAAGGAUGAUCUUAUUUCGAAACAAAAGGUUGUUGAUGCAAUGCUGCCUGUACCUGGCAGGAGUGGGCUGUAUUUUGUACCUUUUCAAGUCUCACGCGUCUAGCAACAGUCACAACAUUGCCCACAGUUUCAAUGUCAACACCCUUCAUUCAAACACAAAGUACUCGGAACUCUGCUUUGAGGAUGGCCUGAAACCCUCGAUUGCCAACCUGGAUGAAAAUCUCCAGUCCUGGUCGCAGGCCAUCGACAGGAAGUGCCAAAUUUUGUAUGGCAAGUACCAAGACUUGUAUUCAGUUAGUGUGCGACGAGGAGCGCUUCACCUGCCUGCAAGGUUCAAGGACAAAGUGCUGAAGUGGAUGGGAGGAGACCACAAACUUGUCUCUAAAGUUUACAACCAGACAGUUUUCCACGUGAGAAAUCUCUACAGCUUGGAGCACACUGUUUACAACCCCCUUAGGGCAAAGCGCCCCUCUUCAGGGUCGUCUGGCAGACUGGACUCGAAAAGCUAUGUCAGCAAGCUCGCAGCAUCGACCAACAAUUCAUGCGAUUUUUGUAACUUUCGUGAGAUGACUGCAGAAGAUGUCUUUGAAAGAAUUGAGGGAAAGCAUUCCGUCAGCGCCGCUAAUGCGUUCAAACUGGACAAGUGGCACGGUCUUAUUCUCACCAAGAAACACAACCCCGUGGACUUGAAUCUAGAAGAGGUCCUUGAUCUUUUCAACACCUCCCUCAAAUGGUUCCACAAAGUCCACUCCAUCGAUUCAAGCGCAAAGUACCCAAAUCUGAUCUGGGACAGCCUGCCGCACGCCGGAGCAUCACAGGUGCAUCCGCACAUCCACACGAUGAUGGAUCCGAAUCAGUAUUACGGCUCGCACCACGUCCAGCAGGAAGCGGCGCGCAGGUACCAUCAGUACACAGGCAACAAGUACUGGGAUGACCUCAUCCAAAUUCACCACGCCCUUGGUCUCACCGUCACACUGAAGUCUGCAGUGGCUGUUGCUCCAUUGACAUCAAAGAAAGACCACGAGCUGUUCAUCCUGUCUGGUGAACCGUCUGUCGACUUUUUCUCCCUAUUGCACCAGGCUGUGCAGACCUACUACCACGACCUGUCCAUCUACUGCUUCAGCGCAGGACUGGCAUUGCCACCCGCUGAGUCGAUGAACCUCCGAAGCCCAGCUGUGGUGCGCAUGGGCACCAGAGGUGACUGCAGCAGCGUGCACAGCGACAUAAGCUCUUUAGAGUUGUACUCGGUGAACAACGUUAAUGUGGAUCCGUAUAGAGUGAUUGGGGCCCUGAGAAAAAGAGUGGUCAACUAUCUGCACAGCACGGACGCUUCAGUCGCACGCAAAAUGGUGGUUUGGCCGUGAUUUCAAAUUUACGUGGCCUUUGUUUAUGAAGCCUAGUCAUCUCGCUCUCAUUUAUAAUAAAUUUACAACGUUACUCAAAACAAA